UUUAUUUAUUACACAGGCCGUAUGGGCGGGGCGGUGACAGAGGAGCCGCGCUCCUGGAGAUCGCAAGCGCGCAUGCGCCGCGGAAUUCUGCGAGGCGGUUGGGCGGGUUCGAAGGUGGCUGCGGCGGUUUGGCUGUCGGAAUUGGAGCCGGCGAUCAGAUUGACUAAGCAUUGACUGAGUAAAUAUGUCCAAGCAACAGCAACCGCCAGCCCAGUUUUCCAAUCCAGAAACACCUGGUUAUGUUGGAUUUGCAAACCUUCCCAACCAAGUUCAUCGGAAAUCUGUGAAAAAAGGCUUUGAGUUCACCCUUAUGGUGGUUGGUGAGUCUGGACUGGGAAAAUCUACUCUAAUUAACAGCCUGUUCUUAACAGAUCUCUAUCCAGAAAGAAUAAUCCCAGGAGCGGCUGAGAAAAUUGAAAGGACUGUGCAGAUUGAAGCUUCAACAGUUGAAAUUGAAGAAAGGGGGGUAAAGCUCCGACUGACUGUUGUGGACACACCAGGAUAUGGUGAUGCUAUCAAUUGUCGAGACUGUUUCAAGACUAUAAUUUCCUAUAUUGAUGAGCAAUUUGAACGCUAUCUUCAUGAUGAGAGUGGCUUGAACAGACGGCAUAUUAUAGAUAACCGAGUUCACUGCUGUUUCUAUUUCAUUUCACCAUUUGGACAUGGUCUCAAGCCUUUGGAUGUUGAGUUCAUGAAAGCCAUACACAACAAAGUGAAUAUUGUGCCUGUAAUUGCAAAAGCUGAUACUCUUACCCUGAAGGAGCGGGAAAGACUGAAGAAAAGGAUUCUGGAUGAAAUUGAAGAACAUAGCAUCAAGAUUUAUCAUUUGCCAGAUGCUGAGUCUGAUGAAGACGAGGACUUUAAAGAACAGACGAGACUUCUGAAGGCCAGCAUUCCAUUUUGUGUAGUGGGAUCCAAUCAGCUUAUUGAAGCUAAAGGUAAAAAAGUCAGAGGUCGUCUGUAUCCAUGGGGAGUUGUUGAAGUGGAGAACCCAGAGCACAACGACUUCUUAAAAUUAAGAACCAUGCUAAUUACCCACAUGCAAGAUCUCCAGGAAGUAACUCAAGACCUUCACUAUGAAAACUUUCGUUCUGAAAGACUUAAGAAAGGUGGCAGCAGGAAGGUAGAAGAUGAGGAAGUGAACAAAGACCAAAUCUUGUUGGAAAAGGAAGCCGAACUCCGUCGCAUGCAAGAGAUGAUUGCAAGAAUGCAGGCACAGAUGCAAAUGCAUAGACAAGGUGAAGGCGACAGUGGUACACACCAUGGGCACAAAGUCUAAAUGCUUUGAUACCUUCAUUAAUCGGAGUCUCUUGAGAUGAAGUGAUGUGUUCUGUGGAGACAAAUGCCUGUUACUCUGCAGUGAGGAGCUCCCAUUUGCACUUGAUGUGCGUAUAUAUAGUGGUCAUUUCUUAAUGCCUACUUAAUAAACAAUUUAGAUUUGGUCAGGAUUUUAAUUCUGUACUGUAAUGUGACAGUUUUACUCACUAAUCUUUUACUGAGCUGUUUUUAUUACAAUGGUAUAUAUUCAGAUUUUUUUCUAAAGUAAUCUAAUAUUCACCUAAUGGCAUGGAUUAUUACCACUAUCAAUAGUUGUGUUUGUUUUUCGCUUUAUUUGUUUGUUUGCACUGAAAAAUCAACUGACUUUGACCACAAUUCCAAAGUCCAAAAUAGUAUGGUUUGGACUUCCUGCAUAGCCUGUCCUGACAUUUGAUAUGGCUUAAUACAAAAGUCAAAACAAGCCCUAUUUUAAAUUAGUCUCUCAGGUAGUGAAAGCUAUUAUUGGUCCACAUAACAUCAGUGCUAAGAAAUUUUGCUAGAAAAACUAUGAAGCAAGUUUGAAUAUUGGGGUGGUCUUGGGGGUGGAGAUUUUUGCACAUAGGCUGUCGAACAGGGCAAGUGGCACAAUAGGGAAUUGCUCGGUGCCAUUUUUUCUUAGAUCUAGUAACAUAUAGCACUGUGUGCCUCUGUAACACUCUGAGGUGCUCUGCCUUUUUAAGAUUUUUAUUUUGUCAGAUAACCACAAAGCAUGUUCUUUUGUAGGUUUAAAAAGGAAAAUCAGUAUUAAUUAUUCAAGGCAUUCUAUUACACCUUCAUGGACAAACUUUAUUGUUUCUGUUGAUGUGGCAUAUUUCAUGUCCCUAUGCUGUAUUUUGACCAAAAGAGAUGUUUCAGGGGGAAAAAAGAAAAGAAAAAUCAACUCUCUAGCCUACUGGCAUUCAAAACCCAAAUUAAUAGUCAUACAGAAUGAACUGAAGAUGUGUCCGUUUCAGCAAGCAGCAGUAAUUUCCAUUCUUGCAGGACAGCAGAGAAAGUUUCUAUUUGAACUUUUUUACUUCAUUUAAAAACUGUACAUACAUAUAAUUGUACAUGUCUAUAUUAUGUGCUAUAAAAAACUUUUAAAUUCAUUUCCCCAUAUUUUAAAAAUAGGAUAAAACCUCCAAAGAUUACAAUAAUUGUUUGCCCAUUAAGCCAGACUCAGUUUUCUUGGGUUUCUGUAGUUGGAACAACAGUUUGGGUGUUUGUUUUUUAAAUGGCUGUUGUGUUAAAUUAAAAUGUUGUGGUAUACAAUAGAGCAGCAAGAGAGGAAAAUUGUUUACAGUGUCUUCUUUUUCUGAAUCUUCACCUUUCUUUGCUGCCCUGUUAUCUGUGCCAAAAGGCUGAGAAUUGAUGUUAUGUAAUCCUGACACCAACUUCUCUCACUACGUUUACUUUUUCAAUACAGCCUAAUUUUGCAUGUAGUCCUAUAACUUUAAUUGUAACCUACAUCAUUGUUGUUCCUAGAUCUGUAUCUAGAACUGCUGGAACUGACCAUGAUUUGCAAAAAAAGAACCAAAAUAUAUUUUAGUAUCCUUGUUUUGAAAGAAUAAUUAAUUCUUUCAAAAUACACAAAAAUCAUGAAAAUGUGGUUAUGUACAGUAUGGGGGUUAACAAUUUUUAAGUAGAAACACUAAAGCUUGGUUGUAUUUAAAUCUUUCAACAAACAAAUUUGCUCACAUACAUGGACCAGAAAGCUUUAGCAUUUUUUCUUUGCAACCUUCUUCCCUCCACAAAAGUAAAAGCUAAAAUCUUUUGUUUGCUUUGUGGAAUGCUUCAAUUCCAGAAGCAAUCUUGUAGCUACUUACUGCAUGAAGAGAGGGAGUUGGCAGAAAUCCUCCCCUGCCCUGAGCACCCAUUACAUGAGCAAAGGGAAAGCUCAUGUAAGAGGAGAUUACUGCUGAUUUUUUCUUGUUGAAGCAUUCCCCCGUGCCACAUCUCAUGCUAUUCCUGGCAUUCCUCUGACCUUCAGACGUGAGGGGGAGAGGGAGAAGCAGAGGCCAAACUGCCAAGAGAAAAAAAUAGUGAAGAGCUUUUGUACAAACCUGUUCCAUAAAGCUUGGAUCCAACCCUCUCUGAAUUUACAUAUUAUUAUUGCUAUAAGAAAUAAUACAGCACUGAAAUAAUACUUUACGUGUAUUAUAAAAAUGUGAACAUUUCAUGUGUGCCAAAUACUGGUACUAUCCUGUACACAAUAUAUCUUGUUUUAUUGUAACUGUUACAUCUUUGGAGUGCUUGGAAUUACAUGUGUCUGCCUGUAUGCCGUUUUGUUUUGCUGCAUUGCAGGAACUCUUCAUUAUGUCACCUGGUUCACCCUUGUGGAGUUGUAUUCUGAAGUGUCUUGGCAUACUUUGAUAGCAUAUAACUAUCAAAGCUGUUACUUUUAAUUAGUUACUAACCUGUUACAAAUUGCAUUUUUAGGAUUUUAUCCAGUUUUUCAUUUGCUGAACAUUUUCAACCAAGUGAAAUUUGGGUUACAUGGGACUUACCAACUCUGUGCCUGGCUUCAUUCUUUAACUUGCUUAUAUCUCUUUUUAUCAUAAUAAAUUUGAAAGAACAUACAGAAAUUAUUCUAGAUCAUCCUCCUGUCUAUCUAGGGCAUCCUCUUUAAUGCCUGAUAGUUGGCUUUAAAAAGUUAUCUGAUCUUUUUUAGGAUUGUCAUGCAUCUAUAAAACUUUUUCAAAACACUUUAAUAGAAGUACCACCGCAGUUAUAACUUUUAGGAAUAUGUUAAACACUUAUACUUUUUUUAUAUUUGAAUAAUUCAAAGGGCUAAUUUUUGUAUAAAUAUUAACACAUUUUUGUUUUUCUGUACUCUGACAUUAGCCAAGACUAUUAAUAAAAACAGUUUAAUGUU